ACACAAAUUAUUGAACUCGUGUGACCUGGCAUGGUGCCUCGCGGGUAAAUUAUUCUUCCUUCAAUGAUGGAUAGAGAGAAGAAAUAAUCAUGACAGACAGCCGAAUGAGCACUUUACCUCAUGUUUUAGAGGAAUACGAUCCUGAUUAUGUUUCCGGGGCAACAUUGAAGUCAAGGUCAUUUGAACGGCAAGGGAGUCGUGAAAAGUCAGCUGUGAGCUUCCGUGAAACAAGAUCAAAAUCAUUCGAGCGCAUUCCAAACAGAAGGUCGGAACAUGUUUCUGUGACAAGUGCGAGAAGUGAUGCAAGAUCUGCGUCAACAAGCGGCCGGAAAUCCUCCAGGAAGAGACAGAAGAAAUCAGAUGACCAGGAAAGGGAGGAAAAUAAUAAGGUAAAUGUGAUCUUUGACAGACACUAA